UAAAACAUAUAAAGUAUGAGAAUUAUCAUGCAAUUAGGUCAAUUUUGUUUUGAAUUGAAUUCUGAACCCUGCUAUAUCACGAACGGAGCCUCCCACUGUUCCUUUUCUUUCUUCUUUGUUUGUUUAGCCUCACGCCGCUGCCCUCUCCUUCCAUCGCCGCCGCCGCCCGUUGCAAAAGGUAAGAGAACAGAAAGAUUAGCUGGAACUGUAAACUGUGGCACAGCCAGUGUCAUUGGAGUGUUUGCAGGCAUGUUACAUGGAGGUAGUAAGGAAGCUGCUGCUUCAGUUAGAACAGAAAGAUUAGGUGGAACUGUAAACUGGGGCACAGCCACUGUCAUUGGAGUGUUUGCAGGCAUGUUAUAUGGAGGUAGUAAGGAAGCUGCUGCUUCAGUUAGCAAAGAUGCAGAAGUAAUGUUGAAGCUUGGCAGCACUCCAGAUAAACGAGAGCAGUAUCGGUUGAUGCGGGAUGCGAUGGAAAAAAGGUUUAUCCGAGUCACUCGUGGCUCAAUUGUAGGUGGAGUUCGACUUGGAAUGUUCACUGCUGGAUUCUAUGGUUUACAAAAUUUGUUGGCUGAGAAACGGGGUGUCCAUGAUGUAUUCAAUGUUGUUGGUGCUGGUUCUGCAACUGCUGCAACCUUUGGUCUAAUUAUGCCUGGGUCUCUUCAAUGGCGUGCAAGGAACGUGGUGCUAGGUUCAGUCCUUGGAGCAGCUUUAUGUUUUCCUCUUGGUUGGAUCCACUUGAAGCUUGUAGAGAAAGCGAACGAAGAGAACACGGCUGCUAAAGAUUCGAGAGAAAUGGGAGAAGCAAAGAGUGGUCUUGGGGCUGCCAUUGAUCGUCUCGAAGAAAACCUGAAUAAAUAGACCCACCACAUUUUGCAUAGAUAGAGAGCACUACAGACAAAAGUGGCAUGGAACUAAAAUCUAAUGCUUUUGGCAAUGUAUUCCUUACAUCUUUUAGUGGCUCUUUCAUUGUUCUUAAGGGCCAAACCUAAAGUUAUGCAUGGGAUAAA